UGUCAGAACCCUGCUACUAGAGCCUGGAUGUGGCUCUGAGUUUCAGGGUCACUGACAUUGAUAAGACACCUGCGUCCCAGGACUCGGAGGAGAAACGGCUGAUGGACUUGGCGGGGAAUUUGCGCGGGGUUUUACUGAGCGGGAAGAGACUGUUCAAAUGAGGGGGAGGGUAUAUAAAGGAGGGUUGGCCGGAGCCUCCCAUUCUUGGCUUUUCUGAUGUUCAUGUUUCCUACAGUAAAAGUUCCUGGUGAUACCACAGAGAGUCUCGUGUGUUCAUUCAGGAGCGGCUGUGGUGAGCUGACACUAAGCCAAGAAUACGGACACCAUCCCGCUGUAGCGGUGAGGUGUAACAUGCAAGUGGAGGAUGAAGAGCUCUUGGGCGCCGGAGGAGGAAGGUCGGAAAGGGCCACUCCCGAGACGGACGCUGAGUUCCACCAGCUGGCGGCCCUGGCGUCAUCCACCGCUUAUGCCCAGCCAAAUGGGGUAACCCAGAGGCGCGGAGUGGUGCGGGGAGAUAGCACCGGAGGAGAGGAUGUCGGCGAUGGAGACCACCCUGGCAGUGAUGUCGAGGGCGAUGGAGCGCCUGGCGGUUUUGGCGGAGCCGGAGCGAGGAAGGGAACUCCGGGCUAGCUCAAUGUGGGACGUGAGCAUGGGAAGCAGCCAGGGCUUUGCAGACCUCCCAGCACCGAAGGGAAGGGAAAUGCGAAAGGAGCCCGGUGCCCGGCCCAAGAUCCAAACGAGCCUGACGCGGGUGGAGGAGAGUGACGACGAAGGGGAAAAGCCUCCGAGAAUCCCGGCUACGCUCCCAACUGAGACCCUGGUGCCCCUGGCGAAUGCCGGGCGUGGCACAGGACAAAGGGAAGCAGCAGCGGGGCCCACUGGCCCGCAAGGGGGCUUGCGACGGGCGGAGAAUUGGGGAUUGCCACCACAGGGACCCCUACCGAGACGAGAGGAACUAAGGAUCGAGUUUGGGGGAGAGUCCUCUGAACUGGAUUUUUUCCUGACCACGGUGAGGGGCUAUAUGGAGGACAAUGCCCACACUUUUAGAACGGAAUCCAGCCGGGUACGGGCCAUUGGUGCAGUGUUGAAGAGGGGAGCGGCCAGCUGGUACGUUCAACUACACGCGCGGCGCGACCCAUGUCUGGGGUCACUCCGACGCUUUAUGGGGGCCCUGGAGACCCGUUUCCGAGAUCCACUGGAGCAGAUCCGGGCGAGGGAGGAGUUGAAGACCGUCUCCCAGGGGCAGAGGUCGGUAUCUGAGUAUGCGGAGGAGUUCCAAUGCCUCGCUGAAAAGGUGCCGGAAUGGUCUGCAGUGACAAAGAUAGAACUCUUCAAAGAGGGGCUCAGGCGGGAGAUCCUCUCCUGGGCGGUGCAUCGUGAUGAGCCUGACACACUGCGCGGAUGGAUUCAGCUGGCGGGGCGCAUCGAGACAUCGCUGGCCCAGGCGAGGAGGCACCGAGGAGGGCUACAGCAGCGGCCGCAGAUGAAAGAGGGGAGCCGGAAGGAGGGAUCAACCCCAGCCGGGAGGAGAACGGAGCCGACAGGGAACGUGAGCACCAGCAGGAGGGGCUGCUUCGUGUGCGGCCGUUUGGGCCACAGGGCUGCCGAGUGCUGGCAGAGAAAAGGGGAAGGCGGAGGCCCGCCCAAACCAAGAGCCGUGGCAGGGAAACGCGCCGAGGAAGAACCACCGAUGAGGCACCACUCGGGGGGGUUGGACGAAGGGGAGGAGGACGCCAUGUCAGAACCCUGCUACUAGAGCCUGGAUGUGGCUCUGAGUUUCAGGGUCACUGACAUUGAUAAGACACCUGCGUCCCAGGACUCGGAGGAGAAACGGCUGAUGGACUUGGCGGGGAAUUUGCGCGGGGUUUUACUGAGCGGGAAGAGACUGUUCAAAUGAGGGGGAGGGUAUAUAAAGGAGGGUUGGCCGGAGCCUCCCAUUCUUGGCUUUUCUGAUGUUCAUGUUUCCUACAGUAAAAGUUCCUGGUGAUACCACAGAGAGUCUCGUGUGUUCAUUCAGGAGCGGCUGUGGUGAGCUGAC